AGGGGUGUCCAGGCACCGACCAUCAUCCCAGCUGGGUUCCUGUGUGCCCAUCGAACCGUAUGUCCCUCCGGCUGUGCUGUGACAAUCCUCAUUUGUCACAAGCCGAAGGAGACAAAAGGCCUUGUUCUCUCAACACUGGAGCAACUGUUGUGUCAUGCGUCAGGCGCACCGCCCGGCCUGGUUGGUGCUCCCACGUCGUUUGCCAGCUGACGAAAGAGGUGGAGCGAGCGGCAUAUCCUUCCCUUUCCCUAUCCUGCUGUCAACGUGCCAGCAAAACACACACCGCCAGGAAAAAGAAGAGUACACUCAGGAGGAGAUAUAGCUUUGCAUGUCUGGAUUGGCUCAUCUUCAAGGAAAGAGACACUCAGGCCUGGCAUUGUGACAUAGCCAGGGUUCUGCUGCUUGGCUUGGCCCUCGACACCAGACUCUCCUAGCUGCGGCCAAGAAGGAAUUGUUUCUCCUGGCGUUCAAAGGCAGGUGUCCAGCUCACCUGUGACCUUGCUUGGCUGCCCCUUCCCCUUUGGAGUUUGGAUGAAGAAGAGAGAAUUGCUCACCGAGACGCAGGCGUCCGGCUGACCUUGGGCCAUGGGCAAUGGCAUGAAUAAGGUAACAGGGGCAACAGGGGUUCUUCCUGGACUUUUCCUUGGAAACUUCAUUGAUGCCAAGGACUUUGAUCAGCUGAGCCGGCACAACAUCACCCACAUCAUUUCCAUCCAUGAAUCCCCACAGCCAUAUAUUCCGGUAUGGACGCCCAACGGCACCGAGGGACAAUGGCUGCGGGGGAUUACGUACCUCCGCAUCGUGCUUCCAGACACUCCGGAGGCCAACAUCAAGAAGCACUUUAAGAAAUGCAUCCACUUUAUCCACUCCUGCCGUCUGCAUGGAGGAAACUGCCUUGUCCAUUGCCUUGCUGGCAUCUCCCGCAGCACCACCUUGGUCCUGGCCUACAUUAUGACGGUGACGCAGGCCAGCUGGCGCGAAGCUCUGCAGGCGGUCAAGGCUGUCCGGCCAGUGGCCAACCCCAACCCGGGUUUCCGUCAGCAGCUGGAGAAUUACGAGGGAAGCCGCACCGAGCAGAAGAUCCGCCGGCGACUCGAGCGCAAGUAUGGCGAGAACCCCUUUAACGACGUGGAGGAAAUCGGGGCUCUGCUGACCGGCAAACGGAGGGAGACCUUCAGGGACGAAGAUGCAACGCAGACCGCGAUGCCCAAGAGCCAAGGCGCCACCAAGCGCACGGAUCCGUUCCUCUUGCGCAUGAAAGAGACCUUUUUCUGCCUCCCAGGGUGCCUGAAAUGAGACCCUCCCAAAGCACUCUGAGCAUGCGCAGAGGCUCGGCUCACCACAUCAGACUGGCCAAGGGGGCAACCCCUGGCAAAGAGAUGCUCCGUCCAGCGGAAAGAGGGCAAAUAUGUCAUAAAGGACACACUGUAGUUUCAUAAAGAAGGACACUAAUGGG